UUAUAUAUAUGUGACAACUAUAAACGAAGAGAUCAAACAGAAACACUUGGUAACUCAUUUUGUGUAAUGAUGACAUUCCACAUAACAAAGUUUCUUCUAUCUUUUUUUAUACUCAUUUCCAUAACAUGUCUCUCCUUUUCCUUGUCUAGUGAGUCCUCAUAUGAAGACGUGUUUGAACUGUUCCAAAUGUGGAAAAAGGAGCACGGGCGAGAGUAUGGAAACAAAGAGGAGAUGGAAAAUAGAUUUGAGAUAUUCAAAAGUAAUUUGAGGUAUAUCAAUGAGAUGAAUGCUAAGAGAAACUCACCUUUGCAACAUCGUUUGGGUCUCAACAAGUUUGGUGAUAUGAGUCCUGAGGAGUUUAGUAAAACAUACUUAUCAGAGAUUCAGAUGAGAUCUAAUUGGGAUGAUAGAAAACUUAAAGAUGAUGAUGAUGAUUGUGACAACCUUCCUGCUUCUAUAGAUUGGAGGAAAAAAGGAGCUGUCACUGAAGUUAGGGACCAAGGAAAUUGUCAGAGUCAUUGGGCUUUUUCUGUCAUUGGGGCCAUCGAAGGAUUAAACAAAAUAGUGAGUGGGAAUCUUAUCAACCUAUCAGCACAAGAGCUUGUGGACUGUGACCCUGCCAGCAACGGUUGUGCUGGAGGUUAUUACUUUAAUGCAUUUGGUUGGGUUAUAGAAAAUGGUGGGAUUGACACAGAAGCUAACUAUCCUUACAUAGCUAAAAAUGGAACUUGCAAGGAGAAUGCAAACAAAGUUGUUAGUAUUGACAACCUUCUAGUUUUGGAUGGAUCAGAAGAAGCUCUUUUGUGUCGUACAAGUAAACAACCUGUAAGUGUGAGUCUGGAUGCCACUGGCCUUCAAUUCUACACUGGUGGAGUGUAUGGUGGUGAAAACUGCACAAAAAAUUCAAGAUAUACAACUCUUGUUGCUUUAAUCGUGGGUUAUGGUUCAGUAGAUGGUGAAGACUAUUGGAUUGUGAAAAACUCUUGGGGAAAAGAUUGGGGAGAGAAAGGUUACUUGUUUAUCAAAAGGAAUGUUAGUGAGGAGUGGCCUUAUGGGGUAUGUGGAAUCAAUGCUGCGGUUGGUUAUCCAAUCAAAACAGUUUUAGCUUCAGCCAUGUAGUGGUUAGACUUUAGACCAAGGAAUACUAAUAAUCUUUGUGAAACCUAUAUGUAACGCCAUCUUGUAGUGCUAUUAUUUACUACUUCUAUUGCGGUGGUUUAAUAGUACUUCUAUUUAACAUUCUUAUUUCUUAUGAAA